GUUGAAUGGCAGCAACAUCGUGGCUACCGAGUAGCGUUCCUUGGCGCCAUCCCUGACCUUUAUGGGCCAGUUACUGCCCUUGUGCGCCUGAAAGCUGUCUUGUCAUUGUGAGUUUGAACGUUGUGGUCUACCAUGACCUCCUCCUCUUUCCCCCCGUCCUCCUCCUCUUCAUCCUCAUGGUGCUUUCACCAAUGCUGGUUGGCAUUUGGAUCUGCAGCAGCUGUUGUGGGAGGAGGAGGAGGAGGAGGAGAAGGAGGAGGAGGAGGAGGAAUGCAUCAGCAGUGGAGUCUGAUAAGAAACUCAGUGUUGGUUGGGUUUCUUCUUAGCACACUGGCGACUUUGGCAUUUGGCGCUAAGACUUCAUACUACUUCUCAUCAACAAUGGGGGACGAUAGCUUGAGCGAGCAGCAGGCUCAGAAAUCAUCGACGCCUUGGAAAUCCCUUUCCAAGGCGGCUAGGUUAUCACUUCGACCGGGUGACAAUUUGCUUCUCUGUAGAGGUGAUGCUUGGUUCAAUGAGAAGCUAGAGGUGUACGGAAGGGGUACGCCUGAUCUACCUGUUGUUGUCAGCUCCUACACCUGCAAUAAAGAUGUUCCAAGGGGUAUACAUCCGUUGGUCAACCCUGGGGUGCGAAUCCCGGGAUCGGUAGUUCGAUGGGUUAAAUGGGCUGCCAACAAGAAUGUCUUGGUCGCCGAUCUUUCCGCAUUCAUCCCCAGAGGCCAAGAUGUUCAGUACUGGGGUAUCUUCAUUAAUGAUCUUCUGUACCACGCUCCCCGAAUUCCAAACUAUGUGAACCCGAUGGAAACAAGAGGUAGUGCGGGUGAGUUCUGGUGCCGGUUCCAGAGCAUAGGGAAAAGCGUUGAUGGAGAAUGGGAGAUGAGUGCGCCAAAGUCGUAUUUGAAUGCAAAGUUUCCUGAUGGGUUUCUUAAUGGUUCACGGGCAAUCAUACGCAGGUGGGCAUUUGACUGGGGACGAUGCGAUGUGAAAUACCACAAGGGGGCCUCAUUCUUCACAGAGCAAGAGUGCUUCUCCGGGGGCGCGUACUUCGAAGGGCCACUACAGCUGCUGGAUGCUCCACGCGAAGCGUUUUUUGACAAUGUGGAACGACGUCUGUACGUGUACCCAAUUGCAGAGCACAGGGUUAGCAUCAAAGUUAUCGACUUGGUCACGGAUUUUUCACAGCAAGGGGUGCUAAUCCGCGCUGGAAGCCAGAACAUAAUUGUUGAGAACCUGCGAGUCGAAAAGACGCAGACAGGAAUGCGAACCGAGUACUACGAACGUAACGAUGACAACGCAACGUGGAACGUGACAUUCAGGAGGAACGUCAUCCAAAAAUGCUGGCAUGGUGUGCACGUGCCCGUUCCGCGAGGUGUAAUGUUGGUGGAGGGCAACGACAUUGGGUGGAUGAUUGGUAAUGGAAUCCAUGGGUUCCUUCAAACUGAUGCCCAGUCCACGAUGUCAACAUAUAUGGCAAGAAGGAAUGUGGUCCAUCAUGUUGGGUACAUUUGUGGCUGGUCGCGAGGCAUAGGUAUCUACGCCAACAACAUCAUUGGCAACGUGGUUUACAACGUGGGGUGGUCGGCGUGUUACGGAGUCUGGUUCAGCUACAAUCUUAUCCAAGGCAACAUCAUCUACGACUUCUGUCGUACGACCAGUGAUGGGGCCGGGGUUUACAUAUUUAAGACAGCGGCUUUCAAUGGAAUGAAGGUGGUAAGGGACAACUACAUCACUGAAGGGUAUGGCAACGAGCUGGCGAUAAUGUGCUCUCUGGAAAACGGCAGGUACGAGGCGACCCAUGGCAUCUAUUUGGAUGGGAAUGCAACCACGAGGUUCGAAGUCGUCAACAAUACCAUCAUGGACAUCAGGAGGGGGGCCGCCAUACGACUACACAGGGCAAUGAGUGGUCUAUGGGCUGACAAUUUUGUAUUCAACAGCCCGGGAUGUGGGAUAGAACUGGGGGUUGAAGCUAGUAUAAACCCUAAUGUCGUUUUCAACAUGUACAGCAACUUGAUUGGUGGUGGAGAGUGCAUACUCAUGUUUAUUGCCUGGGACAACCCCCGGCGGAUUAACUCUAGAUAUGCCAAGUCGUAUGUAGGACGGGACACAAACAACACCUUUUGCCCAGAGACCUUGACGGAUAUUCUGCUUAGACCGCAGUUCCAGACGAUUGCAAGGGCUCCAAUAGGUGGUGAUGUGUACAACGACACCCUCGUUACGAUGUAUAAAUGGGUUGACUAUAUAGAUACGUUCGAGGAUUAUAGCACAGUUUGUAAGUUGAUGCAGUGGCGGGAGGUGCAGAGGAAGCUCUCUGCGCUGCAAGACAUUUGGGCAGCAACAAGAAACCAACAGAAGGAGAGGAGUGACCGGAUAGCUUGGUUGCUGGGGUUCGUCAGGCCUGAUGGUGUUAAGCUCGUGCCGGACCCCCCACCUCCACCUGUCGCAGGCAAUGCGGAGGUGAUGGGAACCAAAUCUCCACAAUCAGGAUCAUCAGAGAAUCUGCCAGACUCUGAGAAAGGUGCACCCAUUGUACCACUUGUUGCUGUCACAGGCGUUUCAGCAAUGGUCCUAGUAUUGGAUGUUGCAGCACUGCUGUACAUGCAGAAAAAGCACAGACGGGGACGAUAUCGGGACUCCUCUUGAUGCAACCAUGACGCCUCGCUCCACGACAGAACACUCUACAUGUAUCUGGAGCUCAUAAUCGUCCCGGUUCAUUCAAAAUGUUGGACUACUCCGGAUGCACCUUGUCCAGAAGGCCAAGUGUAUCCAGAGGGAUGAGUGGUGGAGCGAGGCCCAUCCGCUGAUGGAUUCAUAGCAGCCCCCAGAAACAGACACACCCAUCACACCACUGAUUGUGGUGACCACUGUUUCACCUAUACUCUUAAUAAUGGAUGCGGCAGCAGCCACAGCACUGUCAUACUUUUGGAUCACGCUCGGCGGGAACAACUCGUUAUCCGUCCAUUUGCUCAAUCAUCCGUCCAUUUGACAAGUCUUACAGUCUCUUACUGUAUUGUGCUGUGAGUCUGUUUUCUCUAAUGAAGGUCCGCCACUGCU